GACGUUUAUCCCCUUCUUCCGGCACAUGCGGCAAAUGGAGGUUGUUUCCAUACGAUAGCGAUUUUCAUUUUGAAGCCAUUAUUUAUUACGAAAUCGUAAAACAAACAGAUCAUCAUGUCUCGUUUUUUCCGUGCUGGCUCGGAGAGUGAAAGUGAGUCGGAAUCAAGUGAUGAUGGAAUUCAAGAUGUGCGGCCCACAGCUCCUUCAAGGGCUGUUAUGCAGUUUAGUGACGAUGAGGAAGAAACUAAACGUGUGGUGCGCAGUGAGAAAGACAAAAGGUAUGAUGAGAUACGAUCUAUCAUCAAGCUUUUGAAAAAUCACAUGAAAAUCAAAGAUAUGGCGAAUGUCCUAACAGACUUUGAGAGCCUUACAAAAGCUUUUGAUAAAGCUAAGAAAGUUGUGGAAAAGGAAGGCAUGCCAAGGAUCUACAUCAGGACCAUUGCAGAGCUGGAAGAUUUUGUUAAUGAAUGCUGGGAGGAUCGUGACUGGAGGAAAAACAUCAGCAAGAACAACGCCAAGGGUCUGUCUACAGUCAGGCAGAAGAUCAAGAGGUACAAUAGGGAGUUUGAAACAGAACUUGCAGCCUACAGAGAGAACCCUGAUACUGGCGAUAUAGAUGAUGAAGGCGAAGAAGAGGAAGAAAAAGAUGAAGAUAGUGAAGAGGAAGUGAAGCCAGCCCCCAAAAAGCCUGAAGUGGAAAAGCCUGCCCGGCCCUCAAGAGCUUUUGGUGAUGAUGACGAUGAUGAGAGUGACUUUGGGACGGAGUCAAGCGAUGAAAGCUCAAGUUCAGAAGACGAAAUGCCAGCUGUUGGAAAGCUGACAGCUGAAUACUUUUUGAAAUCAACCACUGAGCAAGAGGAAAGGAAAAAGGAAGAGAGGAAAAGGGAGAAACGUUUGAAGAAGGAAGAGAAAGAAGCAAGGAAAAGAGAGGAAGAAGCUCAGGAAUGGACAGAGGUUAGCCGUGGAAAUGCUCCAAGUCAAGUGGUUAUGGAAAAGCCUAAAAUGUUUGCUAAAGACCAAGAGAUCACAGUGGAGGCAGUGUGUAAGAAGCUCGCUGAGAUUGUGGCCAUGCGCGGCAAGAAGGGAACAGACAGGUCCAUGAUGAUUGAGUUGCUUCGUGAGCUGAAGACGAUAGCAGAAAAUGCCAACCUGGGCAAGGCAAUUCAAGUCAAGAUCUGCUUCAGCAUCAUGGCAGCCAUUUACGACUACAAUCCUAACAUUGCCACGUGUAUGAAGAGUGAAAUGUGGGAAACAGCUUGUUUACCCACUAUCCUGGAUCUGUUGGAGACCUUGAUAGAAAAUGAGGACAUCACCGUUGGAGACAACAUUCUGGAAGAAAGCGAAAGUCUGGAGAAAUCUCCAUUUAAAGUUCGGGGCUGCAUCCUCACAAUGGUAGAGAGAUUGGAUGAAGAGUUUACCAAGAUGCUGCAAGCUUGUGAUGCUCACAGUACCGAGUUUGUGGAACGGCUGAAGGACGAGCAGGCGUUGUGUGACAUAAUUGACAGGUUGGAAGACUACUUGGAGAAACUCGGAGGCAGCGACGAGAUGUGCAGGGUAUACUUGAGACAUAUAGAACACUUGUACUAUAAGUUUGACACCUCAGCCUUCGAAGAAAAGCAAGAUUCGGACAAGAGUUCGGAGAAAGUGAUGGACAAAAUGUGCAAGUUCAUCUACGCCAAGGACAGCACGGACCGAUUGAGGACGCGGGCCAUCCUGUGCCACAUCUACCACCACGCCCUGCACGACCGCUGGUUCGACGCCCGUGACCUCAUGCUCAUGUCCCAUCUGCAGGAUAACAUCCAGCACUCGGAUGUCUCCACGCAGAUUCUGUACAACCGUACCUUGGUACAGCUGGGCCUGUGUGGGUUCCGUCAGGGACACAUCCGGGAUGCUCACAACGCACUGGUGGACAUCCAGAGCAGUAACCGCGCCAAGGAGCUCCUGGCUCAGGGUCUGGUUCCUCAAAGACAACACGAGCGCUCCCCGGAGCAGGAGAAGAUUGAGAAGAGGCGUCUGCUGCCCUACCACAAGCACAUCAACCUGGAGCUGCUGGAGUGUGUCUAUCUGGUGUCUGCCAUGCUCCUCGAGAUUCCCUACAUGGCAGCCCAUGAGCUGGACGUGCGUAAGAGAAUGAUCAGCAAGAACUUCCACCACGUGCUGAAAAUGAGCGAGAAGCAGACCCAGACGGGACCCCCAGAGAGCAUGAGAGAGCACGUGGUCGCUGCCAGUAAAGCCAUGAAGAACGGAGACUGGAAGAAGUGCAGAGACUACAUCAUCAAUGAGAAAAUGAAUGCUAAGGUGUGGGACCUGUUCUAUCAAGCCGACAAGGUGCGCAACAUGAUCAGCGCCAAGAUCCAGGAAGAGUCGCUGCGCACCUACCUGUUCCGCUACUCCUCCCUUUACGACUCACUCAGUCUGCAAAGCCUGGCAUCCAUGUUCCAGAUCGAGGUCUCCCUAGCUCACGCCACCAUCAGCAAGAUGAUCAUCAAUGAAGAGCUCAUGGCUUCCCUGGACGAGCCGACCCAGAUCGUGAUGAUGCACCGCACGGAACCCACGCGCCUCCAGUCCCUGGCCCUGCAGCUGUCGGACAAGGUGGGCUCUCUGGUGGACAACAAUGAGAGGAUCUUGGAGAUCAAGCAAGGGAACUUCUUCUUCAACAAAAACAGAUAUGACCAACGGGACAACUAUCAGAAUCAAAACCAGCAGCAGCAGUGGGGUGGCCGCAACCGUCAGAACCGCAACAACCAAAACAGAGACAGAGACAGGGACAGGAAUUACUAGAGGCCUAGUAUCUGACAUCCGUUAUUUUUUUGUCGAGUGUUUGCGCUUGGUAACUGGUACGUCAGCCCGAGUCUCUCUUUCUCAAAGGGUUGAGAUACUUUUUUUUCUGUGCCCAAUUCAGCUUGUAUGCGCACGGGUCAUUACUUUUAAAUUAUAUUUUUUUCCUUAGCGAGUCAGUCAAAUCUUGACGUUUUGUCAUCGGGGUUAUAGACAGUCGGUUACUUCACCCUAGGAUGGGUUGGACUUUUCGCGGAUUACCUUUUCACUUGGAAAUUGGUUGGGAAAGACAUGAUAAGCACACUUUUGAGAAAAGAACAAUAUGUUAUUUUGUCCCGUUCUCCCCAUCUGUCUGGGGAGCUCUACGUUUUGACAUUCUUUCCCUAUUUUGGUUUUCUUGACAAUAGUCCAACAGGUAUAUUAUAUUAGUCACAUUUCAUUUUUUUUUUUUUUCUUUUAAUUGUACUUGGGUGUGUAAGAUGAAAUUAAAUUAAUGAAACUCUCA